AUGAGUGACCAGUCCAAAGAUGAGGCGGCAAAGACCCGUAUCAUAUCUCAUAUGAAUGCAGACCACCAUGACUCGGUCGUUCGAUAUCUUGAACACUAUCACCACCUUCCAGGCUACCAGGCAUGGACUGGCAAAAUUACCGAUGCAUCGCUUGAGCACAUUGCUUUCGAGUGUGCUGGUCUGAGAUACAGGACUCCUUUAGAGCCUCCGAUGACCUCCUUCCGAGAGGCUCGAGAACGACUGGUACAGAUGGACAAAGAUUGCGUCGAGGCGCUUGGCCGGAGCGACAUCACUGUCAAGGAGUUUCUGCCGCCAAAAGGACCUUAUCUCGCGGGCUUCAUCAUAGUGUUGACCACCUUUGUGGUCUUCAGCUCGAGGAGUAAUUUCGAACAGGGCAGCAUCAUCUCAGGCCUGGCUCCCGAACAUUUCGCCAAAUUUUGUUGGAGGAUACAGCCAUACAUCUGGUACUUCAUGCUUGUCGUACACACAGCAGAGACGGUAGCCAUGGCACGCGGACGGCUGAGAAAGCACAAUGUCUACAUUCGAAGUCGGACCUGGUGGCUGUGGUUGGCCACCACCUUUAUCGAAGGCGUAGGCUCGUACAACAGGUUUGACAACAUGAUCCGGAAGAAGAGAGCAGAGAAGGACAAGCAAAAGCAUUGA